AUGAGGCUGGACUUCAUCUGUCUCUUGCUCGCCUGGGUCAACCUGCUCGUGACGUCAGCAGAAGUGCUCAACGUUCUGCGCCGGGAACAGAUCAGGCGUAUGUCCAGUCAGAUCAUGAGAUGUGGCGCCAUACCUGGCCUUAGUUUGGCUGUGGUGAAAAGUGGAGAGGUGUGGACGCUCCCCAUGGGCGUGGCCAAUGUGACGUCACAAGAACCUGUGAGGGAAGACACAAAGUUUGCCAUCGGUUCGCUGACCAAGGGGUUCACGGCAACAUUGUUGUUGAUGCUGCUGAAGGACUCGGAGCAAGGUUACACAAUGGACACCACACUCAAGGACAUUCUCAAAGACGACAAGUUGUUCGCUGACCCCCAAAGGUCACAGCACGCCACGGUCAAGGACAUCCUGUCUCACCGCAUGGGUCUGGCCAGGGCUGACUUAGCCAUCUUUGGCGGGUAUCCAGAGAACCAUACUCUGGCAGAUGUUGCCAGCUCCAUCUCCUGCCUCCCAGUGCUGAAACACUUCAGAGACGGUUACGUCUACAGCAACUUCAUGUACAGCCUGGCCGGUCACGUGAUCGAGAAGCUGACCAACCAGACGUACGCUGACGUCAUAAAGUCACGGCUCCUGGGGCCUCUGCAUAUGACAGCAACAAUGACGUCAUUCAACACGAGUGACCCGUACCACGGCAUGGCCCUUCCCUACGUGUCGGUGAGCGGACGCCUCACUCCGGCUCACCACAGCGUUUUCAGUGGAGAGUAUACGUUUGAGCAGAAGUGCACAUGUUACCGGCGAAUCUGGCACGCUGGAACACUCUUCGGCUAUACGUCACUCGUCUGGCUUUUUCCCGAUCUGGACUUCGCCAUCUUUGUCGCUACUAACGGCCCAGCGCGUGAGCCUGACACUAAACAGAGACUGACCGCUCUUUUCUUCUUCGUCACCGACCUUUUACUCGGACAUCAGCCGUGGAUUGACCAAUCAAACGCCUGUUCUUUCCCAUACCCUUCCAUGCCGGCCAAGCAAGCGUUCUACGUCAGCGAAAAAGAAGGACGGGCUGUUGAAAAUAUUUCUAUGAUGUCAUCAGAUUGUGCAUCCGAAACGCAACUUUUGUUCCCGGACAAAUACUCCGGUGUUUAUUCCAAUCGCUUAUUUGGGAAUGCAACUGUGUUCCUUAGGACGGAUUUAAAGAAUUCGUCCAAAUAUUCAAAUCCCUGCGGGAGUCAACGCGAUGAAGAAUUGCAGAUUCAGUUCGGACAACAGUUUUCGGGAAGACUUCACCCCAAAAACAUUUCAUCUCAGACCUUCACAAUGGAACCGACGGGCAUUUUUGAGUUUUCAGCACACCCUUCUAAGAAGGAAAUAUCAACAAUGCCUGUAAUAUUCUCAAAUUUUGACGCUAAUGGUGUGCCAUACAUUUUAAAAGCACUAUGGCAACCUGAUGAGAUCAUUGAAUUCGGGAGAGGUUGGACAGAAGCUUGCGUCGCGGGCUUGCCACUGAACAGUGCCAAGAGCAAUCACUCACUCACAUUGACAGUUUAUGUACAUACGUUUUGUUUCUUCAUCUAUCUCCUGUCUUUCAUCAUCGACAGAGUUGACAGAUGACUUUUUUUGUCUUGUAAUCAACACCAAUUUGUGUUCAAGGAUUUCUGCCUUUUUCCAGUCUCGGGAUUACUACUGGAACAAAGAUAAACGAGUGAACAGGCGGCACUUGAAUUGUUAAAAAUUGUGCUCAGACGUAUUUAGAAUACAUAAGAAAAUUAAUUUGUCCUGUAAAUGUCAUGAACACUGCGUUUACAUAGAUGAAAAUGAUAAGUAAAAAUUGCAGUGUAUAUUUUAAACAACUUUUGUAUGUACUUGUCAGAAUACGUGUUUGUAGUUUUCUUCUCCUAAAAAGGAUUUUGACUGGAAAGCAUGAAUUUUAAUUCCAAUUUGU